GGCGGCGACGGCAACCAGCGUACACAAGGUGCCGGAGCGGCUAGCGGGAGCGGACCCGGGCCAUGAACUUGGGAGAUGGUUUAAAGCUUGAAACGGAAUUACUGGAUGGAAAAACCAAGCUAAUACUAUCUCCAUAUGAACAUAAAUCAAACAUUUCUAUGAAGAUGGGCCAUAAGACCAAGAUUGCGAAAUAUCCCUUAAGAACAAAACAACCUAGAAACAGUCUAAAGUCAACACAAAAUACUUUUAUUGGGAGUGAAAAACAUUUGCAAAAAAAGACAGUUGGUUUGGAAAUUUCACAAGCAAGAGGUGAAAAAAUCAGGAUGACACUCUCACCUACUCAAGAUUUAUGCAAGCCCUGUACAGAUGAAGACUGUCGUCUCCUCCAAAGAGAAAUUUCACCCAAAGCCCCUAAUAUGCAAAAGACUAGAAACACCACAGAUACAUCUCUAAGAGCUAAACAGAAGCCUUGCAAAAAUCACAUCAUUGCUGCAAAUGUGAAUAGCAGUUUGGUGUGUCUUACACAAGAGCAACUACGACAAAUUUUGAUGACAGUAAAGCAAGGGAAGGGAUCAGUUUCCAUGGCUGAGAAUGAAAAGGAGGAAGAAACAAGUCAGGAUGGACUACAUUUAAAGAGUAUUCCUAAUCAGCCAGCCAAAGAGGACAUGAUAGGAUUACUCAAGAAAACUGAUUCUGUUUCAUUUUUCCCAAAUGAAAAUAAAUCUGCUGUUAAUAAAAACCAGGAGACACCUAAACAGUAUGAGCAGAAAAUCAUCAUAGGGAAUAAAUGGAAACCAGCUGACAUUUUCACUACUCUUGGUGAAAGGGAACGUGACAGAAGUUUAUUAGAAGCAAAAAAAGCCCAGUGGAGGAAAGAGCUAGAUGAACAGGUGGCCUUAAAGAAGAAGGAAAAAGAAGCUUCUGAAGAACAGAAUAAUUCUUGGGAAAAAUAUGAAAGUAAAAUAACAUGGGAAAAACUUCAAAAUCUUGACCAAUCUGGGACUUCUGCUGGCUCUUCAGAUGUCCUGUCACAGUCUCCUUGUCAGGUUAUCAUGGCCCAGGCAGAUGGGCCUUUAUCACAUAAAGAUAGUCAGAUUUUAGAGGGUGAAGAAUAUGACAGAUGGGCAGUGCAUUUCGAUUCAUUAAAGAGUCAUCCUGGCUCUCAGUCUCAGCUGUGCUCGCAAGCUCAAUCAGCACACAAACACCUGGAGUACUUCUGUGUCUCUCCUGACACUCAGGAGCUGACUGAUGUCAGCAGUGUUUAUACACCUAUAACUGGAAGCCAGCUUGACCCUUCAGAGGAGGAGCAAGGAGCAAAGCCUGGUAGGGAUGUCACUGUGGCAAACAACCAGAAAACAAACUUUCUUCGUUCUAUGACUGCCCUGUUGGACCCAGCAGAGAUUGAAGAACGGGAUAGACGACGACAAAAACAGUUAGAACAUCAGAAAGCAAUCACUGCUCAGGUGGAAGAGAAACGCAGGAGGAAGCAACUGGAAGAGCAGCAGAGAAAGCAGGAAGAAGAAGAAGAGGAGCGCCGCGUGGCACGGGAACAGGAGGAGAUGCAGAGGCAGUAUGAAGAGGAUAUUCUUAAGCAAAAGCAAAAGGAAGAGAUCAUGACUCUGAAGACAAAUGAGCUAUUCCAGACAAUGCAGAAAGCACAAGAGCUGGCUCACAGACUGAAACAAGAGCAAAGAAUCCGAGAAUUGGCUCAAAAGGGACAUGACACUUCCAGAUUGGUUAAAAAUCUUGGUGUUGAUAAGAUACAUGUGGAAUACAGUACAUCCACUAACAUUUCAAGUUCAAGAUAUGACUCUGGUGAAGCUGGCGGUAAGACAAAUACAUGUAUUGAUUCCACGACUUCUCCCAAGAAGGAUACUGGUGUGCAAACAGAUGACUUAAAUACAGGAAUAUUCACCAAUGCACAGCUACACAGUGGAUCAAUAAUAGAGACGGAAGUUAUAAAUUGUUCAUCUCCUGAGAUUUCUGCAGAAUUUAAUGGACAGUUUAACAAAGACAAGCAAGAACCAAGUGAGGAUAAAGGAGCCAACUUAGAAAAAGAAAAUAGUUGGUAUGACCAAUGUAGUCACUUCAUGAGAACAGAGAAGCAGCAAAUAAAACCUACAAAGAAAUGUCCUAAAAGGCCUGAUUGGAAUAUAAAUAAGCCUCUCAAAAGGUAUGUUCCAGCAUCAGGAAAGUACCCUAAACAGCUUCAAAAGCAGAGAGAAGAGAAAAAGGUAAGAAGGCAGAUGGAACUGCUUCAUUUGGUAGAGAGAAACAAUCCUGAACACCUCUGUCAAAAUAGAAGCACCUCACCAGAACUACUUCCUUCAUCUCAUCAAGACACUGAGUCAAAGAUCCGGUGGCAUCUGUUCAGAAAGGAAGACCCACCUCUGAGAACUCACUUACUCAACAAGGAAAGGUUUCAGUCAUCACCAGUUCCACCCAUGAAAAACAGAACACAACAGACUCAGACUACCGCACUACACUUUCCACUAAAAAAUAGUAGCUAUGAAAGUGAGAAUCUGAUGCUAGGAGGUAGUCAAACAGAAUUAUUGGCUGGGACGCCUGAAUUGCCCCAUUUUAUUCCCUACGUUCGAACAAAUGAGAUCUAUUACCUGGAUCCAGAUGCACCACUGUCUAGGUCUUCAACUGAGGACCCUCCGUACCAAAAUACUUCUUGUGAUUGUGACCAAGAACAGCUGUUCAAAUCUGAUGAAAUCAGGGAUCCAUUUCUUAAUCCUAACUUGCUAAAAAACAGGGAUCGACAACAAGCAAUCCUUAAGGGGCUGUCAGAACUGAGACAGGGCCUUCUCCAGAAGCAAAAGGAGUUGGAAACUAACCUCAUGCCUUUAGCUGCAAAUCAAGAAAAGAAUUUUAGUUCAUUUAAAAUUUAG